AAAUCACAAAGACACUAUGAAAGGUGUAUAAGAGAAUGAUGCUUGACUGAAGAAAAGGCCGAAACGCAGUAAUGAUGUCUUUCAAUUUUACUCAACACAUUUUUGCUUUCUGGGCUCCUUUUUCUUUCGCUUCUCCUUUCCCCUUUCUCUUUGCACCGUAUACUCAAUUCUUUGUUGAAACACUGCUCAAGGAAAACAGAAAAAGAGGGUCUAGACUUCAAUACCCAACUUUCUUUUUUUUGUUAUGGAAAUGGCAAACAUUGUCCUUUAUAGAUUGCAAUUGAUUUCGUUACUGUUCCUAUUCCUGUUGCUAUGUCAAUAUACCCAUUCACAACCAUUGACGACGCAUUUCGAUUGCAAUCACCCAACCAACUAUUCCGACUUCAACGCUUUCGUGAUGAACAAUACUGCUAUAAUUAUUGGUGGUAGUAGCGAAAAUACUGUAGAAAUAUGGACAAAAGAUAUAAUGAAAGAAGGACUCAGUGUAAACAGAAACUGUUGGUCGAAAGCGCCUACUUCAUCAUCCAAUGCAAUUAUCCAAGCUUUUGAGCAUGGUGUUGGUUUUGCCCUAACAACUUCAUCUAUUGCGUUACAAGCAGGAGAUUAUGAUACCUGGGAAGCCAACAGUAAUAGCAGUUAUAGUAUUUACAACAUAAGUAAUAGUGACAAUAUCAGUGUUAAUGAUGCAAAUGUUCUCAAACCCACUUCAUUGAUGACUUAUGAUAUACUAUCAAAUGUAUGGACAACUCAUCCCAGUGUCCAGGGAGAUCAGCCUUCACCAAGAGCAAGAAUGUCAGUUACAGUUAAUUCGACUACUAAUAUAGCAUGGUUUUUUGGAGGACGAUCUACAGCUCCAGAUGGAACUUUGGUCGAUCGAUAUUCCAACUCGUUUUAUUCUUUUGAUAUCAAUAAAUAUGCAUGGGAUUGGCCAACGAUAAGAUACUCUGGAGGAUAUAGACCGGCUCGUUAUGGACACACUAGCAAUUUAAUAUCAGGAAGGAUCUUUGUGUUAGGUGGUAAAAUGGUUAUUCAUUCAACCGAUACGAAGCAGUGGGUCAUGACUUCAGCUGGUGAUUUUCAAAGUGUAUUGAUUUUUGAUACCGUGACGCAUCAGUCUAUCACUGCAGCCACAUUUGGUGAUGUUCCACCAGCGCGCUAUAGCUUUACUGCAGUAAAUGCUCCUGAUGGAAAAUCCAUCGUAUUAUUCGGUGGUCAAAACGUAAGCUCAGAGCAAACAUUUGACGCCAGCAACGAUAUUUACUUGUUGGAUACUUGUUCUUUAAAUUGGUCAAAACCGGAAAUUCAUGGGACACGUCCUCUUCCACGAGCGGGUCAUCAAGCGAUCCUCUACCAUAAUAAUCAAUAUAUGAUAAUCUUGAUGGGCAUGCAAAAUUACAUUCAGGGCAUCGGCCAGAUACAUACAGAUGAUAUUGCUAUAUUAGACAUGACGACGUGGACGUGGGUACCCUCAAUAGCUCCCAAUAUUACCAACGAGGACAAGGACGCGAACUCUCCACAGCAAGCGAAGUGUCGAUUCUCGUUUCCUGCGAUCGUGCCGGAUGACGAUGGCGAUAAUACAGGAGAUGAAAAUACGGCGACUACUUUACUGUCGAAUGAUAACGAUAGUUCCUCUUCACGUAUAAAAAAACUUGCUGUUGGUAUUACGUUUGGUGUACUGGGGUUCACUCUACUGACGACAGCCGUUAUUCUGUACAUUUUAAAGCUACGGAAAGAUGCUGAUCCAACGCGAAAUCCACGUUGGUUACCUCCAAAUAUGAUCUUUUUUGACAAAAGAUUAAAAAGGAAAAGUAGUAAUGAACAAGAAGAUGAACCUGAAGAGACACAGCCACAACCCAGAAUUAUCAAUAGUUAAAAGUAUGGUUCUAGUACCAGAACUUAGUGGUGCCAACCUUUAAUAACUCUUAUCUGAUUCCCCGACACUGUAAAUAGUUUCUCAUAAUAAUAUAUCCUUCCAUAAUGCAUACAUCUUUUUAAUAGAUAGUCAGUAAUAAUAGUAAACCGCUUUUGGAUUUUUUUUAAGAGUAUUCAUACUCAUUAUCAUCGACCUCAUUAUUAUUCUACUUAUCCAGUAAAGCAUCAAUCUUUUCG